GGAGGGUUUCCCUCCCCCCGCAUGCGUGUCGUGCAGCGCGCAGAAGGGGAGGGCGGUGCAGGGGGGAGGGUUUCCCUCCCCCCGCCUCGGGGUUCGCCGAGCUGGGUCGCCGAGCGUGCUAAAAGUUCACAGCACAUCGCAACUGUGCAUGACUUUGCACACCGAUUAUAUCAACGAAUACAGCUCCUCGCACAUAUCGUGUAAGCUUUCAUCCCAGCCGAUCGGAACGAGCGCGCUCUGAAAUUCUUGCAAGUGCGCGCUCUGGCAGGCCAGACUGUGUCGCUAAUACAUCGCACUGUAAGUUAUAGCUGCGCGCAUUCUCGAGGAAGCCAAGAAAGCGCAGUUACCGGCUUCGUUCAUACGCUGCACUCGCUCUCGCGGCCUGGAAAGAAGAUCACGUAUACAGGAAGCUGCGAAUAAUCGAUCAUGCUAGUUGGUUCGAGCUGAAUCGCGCUGUAGCGCAAACGCACCGGGUGCGUCACACUUUCCAUGGCAUAUGUAUGGCCCGCCCGUGGGCUUUGUACGCGGGUGGUCUUGCGCCACGAUGCCGGAGUUGGGUGCCGGAGUCACAUCAAGGUCGCAAGAUCGAAACCCAUCAGGAACGGUUCGGCUCCGUUACCUGUGUAGGCACUGAACAUACUUGUGCCGAACUUCCCCGAAAGAGUGCCAUCUCGGCCUUCCUAGGUCGCUGCUCUACGGUUGCUAUGGCGCAUGGCUUGCGCGUAGUCUCGCACUCGCGCACGCUGGGUGUGGUCUUCUACGACCUCCCACUUGGCACGGCUGCAGCCCAGGGGGCUCCUUCCCUCUCCCCUGCCAUUGGCACCCUGGGGACGCUCUGCGGCCUCCCCCUAACUGCCUUUGGCCGUGGCUUCUGUGCCUCCUCCUACGCCGUCAGCCGUGUGCUCUACCAUAUGGAGUUUGCGGGUCUGCCGCCGCAGACGGUUUUGGCAGACUUCCUCAAAACGCUUGUGCGGUUUGUGGACCGCCGCAUCAUCGUUGCCACGCCGCAAGGUGCUGGCCGGGCCCGACUUCCCGGCCUCCCCUCCGACUGCGUCGCCCUGCCGCCACGCGAUGGCGGCUUUGGACUGCUGCCGGUGGUGGAACACGUGCGCGCCCGGCACGCUGUGUUGGCUGUGCGCUGGCUGCAGCACAUGCACGGCUCUGCGGCCGGCACCUACGUACCGCCGUGGACAGCCGCCGCCACCGCCCUGGUGCAGCAGCUACACACGGCCGCCCACCCCCUCUGCGUCCUGACGAUGCAGCGGGCGGCCGGCGGUGUCGGACCCGCUGCCGAUGGCUGUGCAAUCUUCGGCCAGCCGGUGGCGGCAACCUGCCCGGCCCUCGUGCGCCUCCUGGGUGCCCUCAGCUACCUGCCUCCGGUCACCAUCCUACGCCCGGCUGUGCUGGUGCCCGGGCCCUGGUGCUUUGCACUUCCGCUCUGGGGCAAUCCUGUCUUGCCGUGUGCGGCGGGGCUUCAGGCGGGUGGCUUGGAACGUGACUUCCCGGCUCUCAUGGCGCUGCCGGGUCUGCUCACGCUCGGCACGGCAGUGCGGUGCUGGGAGGCGCUGGCCGCGGUGCGCCAGCUGGUGGCUUCCAAGCCGGCUGGUGCGCUGGGGCCGCGCCUCGCGCGUCGCUGCACUAUGCAGUACAAGCGGUCCGUCCUGCGCCCCAUCCUGCGCAUUGCGGAUAUGGCGCGCGUGCCGCCGGAGCUGCAGUCCGGCCCGGAUGCUGCUGCCCAAUUCUCCGCGCUGCUGGCCCGUAUGGCUGCUGCUUGCGCAGAGCCUGGGGUGGCGGCAUGGCGCGGCUGACGUGCCCUUGCUGACCCUUACGGUGAAGCAGGCAACCCAGCUUCAACUUGCGCCUGCGUACGACGCACUCCGCGUGCGUCACUUGGCCUUCAUCCAAGAGGCCUACAGCGGCGCCGCGCCGCCAGCGGAAGCGAUUCAUGCGCUGCGGGCGGCCCUGGCGCGGCUGUGGGCUUUGGUGUGGGAGCCGCGACACAAGGAACCGCUCUGGCGUCUGGCAGUCAAUGGGUUCACGGGCUUUGGGAUGCUUGCGGCGUGGGCCGCAGAUGGACGCGUGGAGAAAUGCCCGUGUGGGACUCAGAUGACUGCUGGGGCUAGGGUUCAUCACUUCUGGGACUGUGUGGUGGCGGAGGCUCUGCGUGAUGUGAUGCGGGAGCAUGCGAAUGUGGACAUCACACGGAACCAGUUGUGGUUAGUACAGGCGCCACCAGGGCUAUCGCAGGCGGUGUGGGACAUCGUGUGCUUGGCUGCUGUGGCGGCCCUGGAAUACGGCCGACAGCGCCUUUACGCUUGCCGUGAUGCUGCAGACCGGACUGCGGAGGUUGCUGUUGUGCGAAGGAUCGGUGUGGAGGUGAUUGCGGACUUCUGGUCACGGCUAGCUGCGUUUGUGAGUCUGCGUCGGCCUCCGCGCCGCUGGGACCUUGUCCCGAACCAGCACCCAUUCCUAGCGUCAGAUGAUGUUGGAGGGGUUAUCUUGGUAGGGCCAACAGCGGACUCGCCACCGGCCUCACCCUAGCUUGUCAGCUUAGGGACUCGCAAUAAGAGGUAGUCUUAUGACGCCGACCCACGGCUUAGGUGAGCAGCGCUAGCGUUUGCGGUGAGCCGGGCCUGGGGUUCCUCCCCUCUCCGGAGGCGAGGAGCAUGGGGGUCAUUCGGGGAUCUCUCCUCGGGUGAGCGUGCGUGUCUCGUACGUUUUUGGGGCCCUGGCUGGUCCACGGCUGUCGUCCCACAUGUAACCUCUAUCAGCU